CAGUGUCGGGUGACCGCCGCGGGGAGGCGCCUGCAACACACUGCUCGGCGCUCCGCACGGCAAGUGUGUGUGGUGGAUGCCAGUGUGGCGCUGGACCGCUCGCGAGGAGGACGGCUUAGUACACACGGAAGACGUAGAGCCUGUCUAAGUCAUGGCCAACUCGAUACGAGGCCGAGCAGUCCGUCUGCUGGAUAAUUUCAUAAACCAGACUUCGGUGCUCUCUACAAGGAAUAUAUCUCGGUCAUUAAGUGAAAAUUCUAUACGAGGAGAUUACCAAGGAUGUCAAUCAUCAGUAUUGUUGACCUCGGAGACGCGUGGGCGUGCGCGGACUUCGUACAGGCGGCUGAGCUCUGCGGGGCGGGCACUGCGGCAGGUGCAGGAGCCAGGGCGGCAGACGUCACCUGUCACUCCCGCCCACCGCGUCUCCUUGGUCGAGUCAGAUCUCAGGCACAUGUUUGAUGAUAUUAAGAAGGAGCUGGAGUCGCAGUUUGAGCUAAAGGAGAUCGCCAAAUACUACUUCGACGGGCAAGGGAAGGCGGUGCGGCCACUCAUCACUGUGCUCAUGUCCCGGGCCAUCAACACACACCUGCACGACGAGGACAGAUUGUUCAACUCCCAGUGGCAGGUGGCGAAGGUGACGGAGAUGCUACACACUGCGUCCCUGGUCCACGACGAUGUGCUGGACGCCUCGGAUACCCGCCGCGGCAAGCCCUCCGUCAACAACCUCUACGGGCAGCGCAAGGCGGUGAUGGCGGGAGACUACAUCCUGUCCGUGGCCUCCACCAUGCUGGCCAGGAUACGCAACGAGGAGGUCAUCGUGGUCCUCUCACAGGUUAUGAGUGACUUGGUGCAGGGGGAGUUCAUGCAGCUCGGAUCAAAAGAAAACGAGAAUGAGAGGUUCGCUCAUUACCUCAAAAAGACAUUCAAGAAGACUGCCUCUCUCAUCGCAUACAGCUGCAAGGCCGUGGCCAUCCUGUCUGGAGCUGAUGACAGUCUGCAGGAGGUGGCCUUCCAGUACGGCCGCAACGUGGGCAUCGCCUUCCAGCUGGUGGAUGACCUGCUGGACUUUGUGUCUUCCUCCAGCACCAUGGGGAAGCCCACAGCAGCUGACCUCAAGCUGGGCCUGGCCACCGCGCCCGUGCUCUUCGCAUGUGAAAAGUUCCCGGAGCUGAACCCAAUGAUAAUGCGGAGGUUCCAGGAGCCCGGUGACGUCCAGAAAGCCUUUGAACUGGUGCACAAGAGUGACGGGUUGGAGCAGACACAGUUCUUGGCCCGCCAGCACUGCCAGGAAGCCAUCAAGGUGAUCAGCACCUUGAAGCCCUCAGAGGAACAGAAAGCCCUCAUCACCAUAACAGACAAAGUACUCAACCGCAUCAAAUAGUACACACCUGGCCCAGUGCAGGUGUGGCUGUACUACCGACCCAUAUUGUAUCUCAUUGUAGUUUGUAUACUUCACAACUUCAAGAUAUCUCAGUUUCUUGUUACUAAAGGUGGUACUUUUCUAAUAAAUGCAAGGUAAGUACAACCACUGCAGGUUAUUGUUCAUAAAACUGUCAGAAUUUCAUUGUCUUCAAUUGCUUCUUCACACUCAGCAUAAUUGUAUCUUGUACAUUUCAAAGAACUUCCCUACAGUUUCCUAAAUUUAUUUUUAUAAUUAAAUGGACAUUGUACAACCUGGCAAUAUAUGAAUUCUGAUCAGUACAUACAUACAUACAUACAUACAUACACAUCAUGCAUUUAUUUAGUUUUAAUUUUUAUAUACUGCAUUAGGUACAUGUGAACCAUUUAUCUCAGUGCAGUUUGUCGCAGAAAAGUGUCGUUCAUUUGUCACAAAAACAGUGGUUUGAAUAUUCCUUGGGUCUAGGGUCUGGCCAUGCCACCACACUCAGUGAUGGCUGGUCGGCCGGAGCAUAGCAACUGGACUGCAGUGUGUACUGCAGGUGUCACUCUUACAUGCCAGGUAGUGUUGCAGUGACUGCCAUUAUACCACCAUGUAACUAAGCCAAGGCCAGACAGGCACAGAGAACGUGUGUACUGCUUCAUUUGUUUCCUUUCCUGCGAUACUUUUAUUUAAUAUUUCACUGCGCCUGGCUGGUCUUGGGUCGUGUAUGUAGUUAUUUUGUAAGUAUUUUAGUUACAAUGCUGUAAAUACUUUUUUGUUAUUUUAUAUUACAUUAUUGACAAUUGUAAGUACAGAUGUAUGGCUUUGUGUAGGCUUAAGUCUUGGCUGGUGGUGGUGGUGGUGUGCAGGGCAGCUGCUGUGUGCCUUAGAGGUGCUGCGGCCACAUUGGUGCCGGGGACUGACAGGCUUCCUUCCAACACAUAUAUACUUACAAAAAAAAGAAAGCGUCCUGCCAGACAAGGACAGGCACCUAUGAUUUGAAAUAGAUAAAAUGGAACUUGCUGUUUAAGUGUUGAACAGGCAAACAAAGAAGCUCUCUAGCAGAUGAGGACAAGCACCUGCACAGUAAAGUCAAGGAAAGGAAGAUGAAAGAAUUGUACUCAAUCAGUGCUGCACAAGGAAUGAUGUUGCACCAGUUUUGAACCACAGUAAUUCUUGAAAUUUUGAGGAUUUUCUUAUUUCUUCUGAACCUUAAAUAAUUGUUGUUUGCGUUCCUAGCCACUAAAUUGCAGGCCCUAGUUCAAAUCCAGGCUUGGUCAGUUUUCCAGCUCUUCAUCCUUCCUUCAGGAUGAUAAGCCAAGAGAAACUUUGGGAAGGAAAACUGUAAAAGCCCAGAUAUUUAGAUAGCCCUGUAUUCUCUCUCUCUCUCUCUCUCUCUCUCUCUCUCUCUCUCUCUCUCUCUCUCUCUCUCUCUCUCUCUCUCUCUCUCUCUCUCUCUCUCUCUCUCUCUCUCUCUCUCUCUCUCUCUCUCUCUCUCUCUCUCUCUCUCUCUCUCUCUCCAGACUAGUGUAGAAGUUGACAAAUGUUAGGAAGUGAAUCUAUUUGAAGUUUGCCUGUGUUUCCUGUGAGUUGUGUUGUGAUGUGUUUGUGGUGGAGAGAAUUGAGAGAAAGCAUUCAUUCAGUAAAAACAAGUCAAAAAACAUAAGAGGAAUUGCCUGUAUAGCUAUAAUGUCUUUAAAUUGACAGGUAUCAUUAGUGAUCUGCAGAGGCAAUUGUUGGUGGCAAUGAUGAAAAUCACUUCUCUCACCAAAUAUUGCAGGAGGUUAUGUGGGAUGUGAACACUGCCCUUUUAAAUCAACUACCUCUUCCCCUCAUUUCUAAUUGAGGUGGUCAAAGUGCUUAAUUUGUAAAACAGUGUACAGUUUGUAACGUCUUUUUAUAAAUUGCUUUUUAGAGUAAUCAAAACUAAUCUUUAAAGUUUUUAAUGCAUUUGUUUGUUUAUUUAUAAUUAUCAUUUAUUAUUUGUUAAUAUUAUAAUUUUAUUAUCAUUUUUUUAGAUCAUGCACAACCAAAAGAAAGUAUUGAUAUGAUGUUGAAGACAGAAAUAUGUCUGUCUCUCACACUUGGAUAUUCUUUUACAUGAGGUACAUUAUGUACACAUUAAUAAAAAUUAUACUUCUCUACUUUGUGUGGAACACUGCUCAGUAAAACAAAAUGUUGUAAUAUAUAAUGUAAUAUACAAGUGCAAAAUUACUUACAUAUGAAGAUUAACUCCAUAAGUUAGGACAUUCUGCAUAGUACAUAAUGUAAUGAACUAAAGUAGUACAACUCCUCAGCUUCCUCAUUAAUUCAGCUUUUAUAAUCAACAAAAAUAUUUUACUUAGAGCACAUUCUGGGAUGUCUUGAGGACUGAUGCCUGCCUGCUUCUUGUUCAACUAUACAAGUCCUUUAUAGAGUAUUAUGAUGUACCAUUUAACAAACCCCCUCAGAGACUUACUGUAAUAAUAUACUUGUAGUUUGUAACAGUGGUGGUGGGUGGCAGUGAUUCUUUUUAACAUCACAUUCUUAUGUAUUGAUGGAAAUUUAUAGAUUUCAACAAAGAAUUUCCUUGUGAAUGUAAAACUUAAUGAUAAUAACUUAAAGCUUAAAAGCUUCAGAUUUAGUUCAUCAGAUCUGUAAUUCAGUGCAUUGCCACUCACCUGGUUAACAGAGCAGCACUCAUUGUAGUGUGUUAGUUAAGUGAGUGUGGUGUGUGAAGACAGAGUUGGAGAGCCAGCCAGUGUCUGGGCUGUGUGCUGCCACCUGCUGUUCUGUUGCUCAAAAUAGAUGAGACUUGUGGCCAACACCUGCCCCUUCAUCAUUGUAUGCAUUGUGUUGGUGUGUUGGGCUGUGGCACCGUAAUUAUGGAAGUAAUUUCUUCGUUGCGCAAAAAUGCAUGUUAAUUUAAAUUUUCUGGAAAAUAUUUAAUUUUUCAAUCACUGAGAAUAAUGUUUAUUAAUUGGCUAAAAGAGAUGAAAGUCUAAUGCACACCUAGUUAUCACUUUCCAUUUAUUGAGGUAAGACUUUUCUUUCCACAUGAUUUAUGUAGUACACAUUCAUGCAAUAUAUAGAAAUUAUGAAAAUUUAAAGAUUUUUAAGAAAUAAUAACAAAAUAACAUGACAGAAUGCAAUACUAAAUAAAACCAGAUCUAAGCAAUCCUCAUCAGAUGCUCUGCCUUGCACCCUCAUACCACCUGCUGUGUCCAAAGUGUGGUGAAGGAUAACACAAUGGAUAGGUGCAUUAAUUGUAAUAAUUGGCGUCUGUGUAUAGUUGUACUAUACGUAUCUAAGGAAAUUAAGUGGCACGUGUACGUAGUUUGGUAUGAGUUAAGGCAUCGGUGCAUUUGUGAGAGUCUGUGAGUGUUUGAUGAAGCUGUGCUUGGCUACAAGUGUGAGGAACUCAUCUGUGCAGCGCCCUCCACACCCCACACCAUCAUUCUGGUACCAUCUGAUUGUUGCCAAUACUGCCGUGUAUAAUCUAAAAUGUACAUAUGUACACUAGCAUACCUGCGAUGGGAGAGGUUGUAAGUUAUUUUCUAAUUAUUGGUUUACACUUUUCUCAUUAUAGUUAAGUCUUGUAAGUAACUGGAUUAUCAUGCAGUGCUCCAAGUGAUAUUCCAGCAUUCCAUGUAAUAUGGCAACAAUUUUAGAUUGUAUCUCUGUUUUGAAAGCAGAGUUUAUUUUCUUAGAGAUGCCUUUGUAGAGGUUGUGGGACUAGUGCACACUUUGCUAACUGCCACAGGGCUUGGUCUGGCUAGCUAAUACUCCAGAUGAACCUUUCAGAGCUGUGGGAACACUUUGUGGGGAUCACUCAGUCUUUCUCUUGGAAAGGAAUGGGCUGUUGUGUACUUGAAAGAAAGAUUAUUUAUAUUUAUAAAUGCUUGUUUUAAUAACUUAUUUAUAUUUGUAACAUAUGAUAAUAGUAACUGUUAUUGUACAUAUAUUAUAUAUACAUUUGAUACAAUGUAUGUAUUGAAAAGUGUUUGAGAGCAAUAGGGUCACUAAGACCUGUUGGCAUAAAGUUGAGUGUCUUGUUUGACAUCCCUUCAUUAUUGUACAUCUACGUUGUACAUAUGUACAGUGUUAAGUGACUGAACUCCAGGUGUGUGUGUGUGUGUUUGGUGGUUGUGGUACAUCAUGGCAGCAUUCUAGUUAAAGAUUCAUAAUCAAAAUGACUUCACACAGUGCUUGACACAUUUCAUAUAUCUGAAAUGUUACAGAACUGAUCACAUGUGCAAAAUGCAACAAUUUUGAAAUGAGUUAAAAAAGAGUUUAUGUGAGUGAAGUUCAUGAUUGUUUUGUGUGCACAGUGGCAAUGCAUUGUAUGCGUCCAUCAGGUGAAGCAUGUAAUGUUGUAAUGAGUGAGUGAGGAAUUUUGACAUGUUCCUGAGCUGAGAGUGCUAAAUUUGACCGAUCAGUUGAAUGUGGCUGAUUUUAUUUUGUCUGAUUGAAUAGAUUCAGACUAAUACUGCAAUCUAUUUAAUUUAUCUUUUCUCAUUGAGGAACUCAUGUUAGACAUGCAUUCAUUUCAGACAUUAGACCUGUGUUGGUGUUGGCACUUGCAUUGAGUGCUGUCAAGUAACUCAAUAAGCAUUGAGUUGGUAAGUGAGGAAACAAAGAAUGAAUUAGUUGACAGUCACUUUCAUUUGACAGUAUUUUGUUAUUCAAGACUCAUCAGAUCAGGUCUUGUAGGCUAAAAUUCUCACACACCAGACUGUGAUGUGCAGUGUCAGUACUUUAACUUGAACAAUGUAAUGAUUGAGACAGAGCACUGUCUUCCACCGCAAGACGUGUGUUGGUGUUGCCGGAUGUGGAUGUUCUGUGUUAGCAACAACAAAGAUAAACAAGUUGGUGGUUAUUAAACUGAGAUGCUGCACUUCUCUUCAGGUGCUUAGAUGAAUUAGACCAUAUAUGAGUAGUACAUUAUUGUUGUAUGUACAGUUGAAAUAUUAUGUAUAAAGACUUACAUGUUGAAAGAAAUAUUUGUUACUUAUUUUAUGAAGUCUUCAAUGCCUUGACCUAAGCAUUCAGAUAUCUGAAGUGGGCCAGGCAAGCUCUGUGGUAUUUUGUGGAAAUUGUUAAUAAAGCCAUAUUCUUUUA